CGACCGAGUCGGAAGGAAAUUAAAGACGGACACAGGACUGUAAACGGAAAGCGGCUGCGAGUUUCCCUCAUUCUUCUCUCAACUAAUGAAAUUUCUCUUCGUGUGGUUUCGUUAACGAUGGGUCGAAGCAGAUCAUCAGAGAGAGCCGGUACAGAAAAGACGAAGAAGAAACGUACACGCUCCUCCUCUUCUUCCUCUUCAUCUUCGUCGUCGCCCUCGUCCAGCAGCAGGAGUCAGAGCAGGUCGUCAAAGAAAACCCCCAACAAAAGCCAAGAUGUGACAACCCCAAAAAAGAAGAGCAGAAGAAACUCCUCAUCAUCCUCCUCCUCAUCAUCUUCUUCCUCUUCUUCCUCAUCUUCGUCCUCGUCCAGUGAUGAGAAAACACAAAAGAGGAAAAAAAGUAAAGCCAAGAAGAAGAAAAGGAAGGAGCUGAAGAAGAAGAAGAAGAAGGAGGCGGCAAAGCUGAAGAAACAGAAGAAAAGGGAGAAGCGGAAGGAAAAGAAGAAAGAGAAGUUGUUGAAGGAGAAGAAGAAAGAGGAGGUGCAGUCGUCCUGUGUUCCAGUCGAGAAACCUCCUUCUUACCUGGAGAUGUGGGAGAGUGAUGACGGGACGGCGGAGCUCGGACCUGUCAUGACCGAUGAGCAGAAGGCUCGGCUCUCCACAAAAAGGCCUCUCACUAAAGAGGAAUACGAGGCCCGGCAGAGUGUGAUCCGGAGGGUGGUGGAUCCCGAAACAGGACGGACCAGACUCGUGAGGGGAGAAGGAGAGAUCAUAGAGGAGAUGGUGAGCCGGGAAAAACACAAAGAGAUCAACAAGCAAUCCACCAAAGGAGAUGGGAAUGCCUUCCAGAAGAAACUGGGAAUCAACAGGUAGAAGACAAAAGUCCAAUGACAGUUCAAUGAAGUAUGAAUACGUGGUCCGAGUGUGUGUGUUAAGUUCCCAUUUUAUCUUUUAACAGUAACCUGUGAUUAAGUGUGUCAUCUACUCCUUAAUUUUUUUUAAUGAAUACUCUAAAUCUGUCUUAAACUCCAGUCUCAGGAUGUGAUAUUUAGUUGUGACUAAAUUUUUUUUAUUUUUUUUUUAUAUUUUCAAUCAGCCAAUUCAUAUCACAUAAUCAGUGUAUACUUGAUGUCGAGAUGAUCUAAAUAUUCACUUCACGUGUGUGUGAUUUUUGGCUUCAUAUUCCACACCCACUCUGAGACGUUUUCUCACCUUUUUAAAUGUCACGUUUCCUUUCCUGUAAUAAAUCUGCCUUUGUGUGAAGUAAAUGAUCCCAGAAAAUAAACUGUUGGGAGUUAA